AUGGCUGAACUGCCUCAGAAUAUAUCCUCUUUCGAACGUGUCAACGAGGCAGCUUCCUACAUAAAGGAAUGCUUGCCCUCCUCCCUACAAAGCCCCCGUGUUGCAAUUGUUUGCGGAACUGGCUUAGGAGGCCUUGUGCAUACCGUUGGAGAUACACCCCGAGUGGAAUAUGACUACUCUUCUAUACCACAUUUUCCUCAGCUUACAGUUGCCGGACAUGCGGGGAAACUUGUUUUUGGACUUCUUGGUCAGAAAGUUCCUGCUGUUCUAAUGCUUGGUCGCGCACAUUAUUAUGAAGGUCAUUCUAUCGAUAAAGUAACGUUUCCUGUCCGAGUCUUGAAGCUAUUGGGCAUCGAUACCAUAGUUUUGACCAAUGCUGCCGGUGGCUUGAAUCCUGAAUACGCAGUAGGAGAUCUUGUGUUACUGAACGACCAUAUUUUCAUUGCCGGUCUGGCAGGCACACAUCCACUACGCGGCCCAAAUGUGGAGGAGUUCGGUCCUCGGUUCCCCCCUUUGUCAGAUGCCUAUGACCUCGAACUUCGCCGUUACGUGCAUAAAGCGUGGAAAACUGUCAUACCACCGCAAAGCAAACGGCGAUUGCAUGAGGGAGUCUAUGCGUUUGUUGGAGGUCCAAGUUAUGAGACUAGAGCUGAGUGUCGUAUGCUUCGUCAACUCGGAGCAGACCUAGUUGGCAUGUCGACCGUACCAGAAAUAGUUGCUGCUAGACACUGUGGUCUGCGAGUUAUUGCACUCAGCCUUGUAACUAACAAGGCAGUACUGUCUCCUGUACCCCGAGGAGAUGACCAUCUCCUCGAAAGAAAAGAAGCAGAGGAGCUUGAUGCUAUACUGCGGGAAGGGAAAGCCAGCCACGAAGAGGUCCUCGAAGCAGCUCGCUUUGCGGCCCUCGAUAUGCAAGACCUUGUGCAAAAAGCCGUCCAAGAUAUCUUCCAGCAGAAUUAG